AAAUUCUUCUGCUUCUAGCAACUUAGAAAGUAUCAAUUGAGUCGCUGUCUUUAUUAUUUGAUCGGUGCUAAACUUCAGGCCAUUUUUCCUCCAUAAACUGAGCUUCCCAACUUCACGCUAUUUUUUUCUGUGAAAACCGAGCUUACGCCAUUUUUUGUCUGUAAAGUGAGCUUGGGAAUUUCUUGUUCUGGCGGGAACUGGAAGAAAUUUGAAAAUCUCGAGUUUGUUCUUCAGCGCACAGAUGGAGAGAGAAUUCAUGGAAGAAGAUCAAGGCAUUUACAGUAGCAACGCCUCGAAAAUUUUCAAGAUCGCUUCACAAAUGGACACGGCACGGAUGUGGUACAUGCGCUCUGGCGCGGCGGCCGGUGACGGUUUCACAACUCCGGUGAGCGACGCCUCCAUGUACCGGUCAUUGCUCACGCAUUACCAACACAGCAGCAGCGACGGCCUUGGAUCCCUUCCGUCCCGUGGAUCGCCGCUGUCGCUGGUGGAGAACUUAGAGGUGACGCCGACACCGGCGGUAAAGGUGGAGGAGGAUGUGCUGGUGAUGGACGGAAUUAUGGUGGAAUCCAUGGCCGGCAUGAAGGGGAUGAGGUCGGUGUCCUCCGAUUCCAGCGGAUCGUCCUCGGCUGCGGCGGCGUCCGGCAACGGACUUUACAAGACGGAGAUUUGCCGGUCUUGGGAGGACUUAGCGAGUUGCCGAUAUGGAGCAAAAUGCCAGUUUGCCCACGGAAAGGAGGAGCUUCGUCCAUUACGUUAUUCUAUGAGGACCAGACCCGAGGGAAACGUUUGCAAGCAAUUUGCUGUAACUGGAACAUGCCCAUACGGCCCAAGGUGCCGUUUUUCUCAUCAGAUUCAGUCUCUACUAUCAACAACCCAACAAACACCCUCCCCUUCUAGACCUCAACACACAGCUGCCACCACCCCCACCAUCAAGACUGCCACCCCCACCAAGACCACCGCCGACUGGUCGCCCAUGGACGACGGCAUUGAGGUCGUGCUGCCAGGUUCUUCAGCAGAGAAACCAGCGUCAAGGGACGAGGUAAACACCUACAUCAACAGUUUUCUCUAUGGUCCCACAACUCCAAGGAGGAGACUGCCAGUUUUUGAAGAGAUAUGCCCUAGCAGGGAGGCUACUCCUUGACUUCCCUCUUCUUCAUCACGUAUACACACUUGGUAUCAAUCUUCCCUGCCGCUUCUCUUUCUAUAUUUCUUUAGAUAAUGGGCCUUUUCUCUUGAUGUGGUGUGGAUAUAUCUUCGCCUCAUAAGCAACCAGCCAGUCAUUAAUCAUUUCAUUUUUUUCCUUGUUAUCAACAAUAUUGCAACACAA